AUGGCGAAGACCAAAGUCGUUGUCACGCGCCAGCUCAUUGAUGAGGCUCAAAAAUUACUAGAUGCGAAGAAUGAGAGCUUGGAGAUUGUGCAAUGGCAGUCGGAAAAGCCUUGCGACCGAUCUUGGCUCUUGGAAAAUGUUAACGGAGCAACUGGCAUCUUGGUGAUGUUAACAGACAAAGUCGAUGAAGAACUUCUAGAGGCUGCUGGGCCUCAACUGAAAGCAAUUGCCUCUUUCUCCGUCGGUACCGACCACGUUGACCGAGAUGCUCUGAACAAGCGCAACAUACGUCUUGGCUACACCCCAACAUGCCUUACCGACGCUGUUGCAGAUCUUACUGUCAUGCUGAUUCUGAUGGCGCAAAGAAGAGGUGGAGAGUCUAUUGCGAAAGUCGCCAGAGGCGAGUGGCCGCAAAUGCCGUGGCACCCUUUGCUCAUGACGGGUCCGCAAAUUCGAGGCUCAACAGUAGGAUUUCUAGGUUUUGGACGAAUCGCACAGGCUUCUCUGCAAAGACUCUUGCCCUUUGGUAUCAAGCGCGUCAUCUAUCUUACAUCUAAGCCCGGACAACCCGCCAGAGAAGACCAUUUCGGUCUACUCAAGAACUCUGGCAUCCCCAUCGAGCCGGCUACAAGCACUGACCAGCUCGCUCAAGAAAGCGACGUUGUAAUUGUUGGAUGCGCUCUAACUCCGUCGACUAAACACCUAGUUAGUACGGACUUCUUCUCGAAGAUGAAGAAGCUAUCUGUCAUCGUCAAUAUCGCUCGCGGUCCCAUUAUCGACACCAAUGCUUUGGUAAAGGCGCUGGAUGAAGAGCAGAUUUUUGGUGCUGGUCUGGAUGUGAUAGAGAACGAGCCGAACAUUACUGCUGAUCAUCCAAUCUUGAAGCAGCCGAGAGCUGUCCUUGUACCGCAUAUUGGGAGUGCGACAAUAGAGACGCGUGAGCAGAUGGCGACUGAGAGCGUGAAGAAUCUACUUGCAGGGUUAUCGGGAGAGGAGAUGAUAAAUGAGUUGCAUCUUUGA